AUGGACGCCACCGCCGCGACCGGAAGCGCUGCCGCAAACACGUGGCGGCCGCCCGCCGACGACGCGUCCGCGACGUUCCGCCACCAGACAGCGCUGCCGAAGCUGCCGGUCCCGACGCUGGAGGAGACGUGCGCGCGCUUCGUGGCGUCCGUCGCCGCGCUGCAGACGCCCGCCGAGCAGCAGCAGACCGUGCGCAGCGUGGCGGCGUUUCUAGCGCGCGACGGGCCGCGUCUGCAGCAGCAGCUGCUCGCGCACGCGCACGACAGCGUGUCGUUCAUUGAGGCGUUCUGGUCCGACGCGUACCUCCAGCACCGCCGCUCGCUCGUGCUGCACGGGAACCCGUUCUUCGUGCUGGCCGACGACCCGACGCCUUUGCGCAACUCGCAGCUGCCGCGCGCCGCGUCGCUCAUCUCGGGCGCGCUCCAGGUCGUCCGCGCCGUGCGGCAGAAGACGCUCGAGCCCGACACGUGGCGCGGCCACGAGGCGCUCUGCAUGCACCAGUACAAACGCCUCUUUGGCUGUGCCCGCGUGCCGUCGGCCGACGCAGACCACGUCCUGCGCGACGACCGCGCGACGCACGUUGUCGUGCUCUGCCGCAACCAGUUUUACUGGUUCGACGUCGUCUGGCCCGACGGCGUCGCGGCCAUUACCGAGCGCGAGCUCGUGGCGAACCUCCAGGCCAUCCGCGACGACGCGCGCCGCGCAGACGACGUCGCGGCCGCGGCCAGUGCUGUCGGUGUGCUCACGACCGAGCGCCGCGCGACGUGGGCCAAGCUGCGGGCCACGCUGCAGCGCCAGAACGAGGCCGCGCUGGCCGUCAUUGACCGCGCGCUGUUCCUCGUGUGCCUCGAUCCAACUGCGCCGCUCGAUGCAGCGGCCGCUGCUGCGACCGCACUGCACGGCACGUACAACAUUACGACUGACGGCGUGCAAACGGGCACGUGCAUGAACCGCUGGUACGACAAACUGCAGCUGAUCGUGUGCGAGAACGGCGUGGCCGCGUGCAACUUUGAGCACGCGUUCGUGGACGGCCACACGGUGCUCCGCUUUGUGUCGGACAUGUUCACCGACACGGUCCUCCGCUUUGCGCAGACCAUUCGAGCUGGCCGCGACGCCUUCGUGGACGCGUCGUACCGCGCGCCGCAGCUGAGUCCCGUCGACGCGCCCGAUCACCCGCGCGUGCAGCCGCGCAAGCUCGAGUGGGUACUGGACCAAGAGCUGCAAGAGGGCAUCAAGUUUGCCGAGGCCCAGCUGAGCGACCUGAUGCAGCAGAAUGAGGUCAAGGUGCUCGAGUUCACGGCCUUUGGCAAGCUCUUUAUCACCCAGCACAACAUGAGCCCGGACGCUUUUGUGCAACUGGCCUUUGUCGCCGCUUACUACUUCCAAUACGGCAACGCGCCGUGCAUUUACGAACCGGUGCUGACCAAGCGCUUUUUACACGGCCGCACAGAGGCAGCACGAGCUAUGACAGUCGACGCGCUCGAGUUUGUCAAAGUGUUUUUCUCGGACAAGACGCCGCUCGAAAAGAUUGCGUCGCUGCGCAAGGCAAUCGCCACACAUGUCAGUAACGUGCAAAACUGUGCAGCUGGCAAGGGCCCCGAGCGCCACCUCUACGCCCUCGAGUGCCUAUGGCAACGCGAGAAGGCUGCCGACAGCACGAAGACUACACCGGCGCUGUUUGCCGACGACGCGUGGCGCAAGCUGAACCACUCGGUGCUGUCAACAAGUAACUGCGGCAACCCGAGUUUGCGGUUGUUUGGCUUUGGUCCCGUGGUACAAGACGGAUUCGGCAUUGGCUACAUCAUCAAAGACGAAGGCAUCCAGUUCUGCGCAUCGUCGCGGCAUCGCCAGACCGAGCGCUAUCUCAAGAACCUCGAGUCGUUCUUGCUGCGUGUGCAGGACCUGUUGAUGCAUGAAGAAGAGAUUCGUUUUCCGCACAGCACUGCCGCCAAGAAAAAGCAAGCGACGUUCAAGGGCUAUGGGUUUUUCGACGACGGCGACCAGCCCACAGAAGCCAAGGCUCGAGCGUCCAUUGCCGGCGUCGGUAAACUACUCGGAUAG